CACACACACACAUACACAAGCCUAGUCCACCAGCAUUAGUGACUGCAUGCGAGUGUGGGACUGACUCUACCCUCCCACGGCCGCUCUGCGCCAACAAGAAGGAGUUUAUUCAACGUCCCUUUGCUGAUUUCUAUUUGUUUGUCACUAACCGCGUAUCUACUCACGUCUUAGGAAUGCAAUGGCUACUCAGAACAACCAGGAUUACUUCAGGUCGGUCAGCAGCGAGUCCACCACAUACAUGAUGGUUCCGGCGAACAGCCGCGGUCGAGACUCGCCGUCAAAGUUAUGGAUCGCGAUGGUGGUGAUCGUGGUGGUCGUGCUGCAGAUCGCUUCGACCACCGGACUCUUUGUCUACUUAAACAUGUCUUUAUCGCAGGUUAAAAAUCAGGGGGUUACAGAAGAGCUGCGGUGCUUGGGCUUGCUCAACGCCCUGGAUAAAGACCGGGACAUUCCCGAAGACCUGGCCCAACUGUUUGGUGAACCUUGCAUCAAGCUAGCUGAGGGUAUCAAAGCCUAUAUUUCCAAGGUUACAGACAGCAUCAUCUCCAAACAGGCUUUACACGAAGCAAGAGCCAUGCCCCAUUCAUAUAAUACAUCAGGGUCAAAGUUUAUGACCACAGUGACACAGCGACCAUCAGCCCACCUGACCCUUAGCAGCCUGCCAGGUGGCACUCAAUACUUCACCCCUCAACCAGACCUGCACCAGUCCUGCCGCCACCCUGUACGUUCCUGGGCCAACCAGAGCUUCGGCGCCCAUCUGCACAACAUGACGCUGGCCAACGGACGCCUUCGCGUACCCCAGGACGGCCGCUACUACCUGUACUCCCAGGUGUAUUUCCGCUACCCCUCUCCCAGCGAGGGCGAUCAGAACAGCGUAAGCCACCAGCUGGUUCAGUGCAUCUAUAAGAAAACCUCCUACCUGAGGCCAAUUCAGCUGCUGAAGGGAGUGGGGACCAAAUGUUGGGCUCCAGACGCAGAAUACGCACUUCACUCGGUGUACCAGGGCGGCCUGUUUGAGCUGCGAGCAGGCGACGAGAUCUUCGUGUCCGUCUCGUCUCCCACAAUGGUGUACGGCGAGGACUCUUCUAGCUACUUCGGAGCUUUCCGUCUGGACCUGUAAGAACAUAUCAGAGGAGCUAAAACCAGGACUACAUUACCCAUUGGGUGGAUCGUUUCGGGGCUGUGACCCAAAGACUUCAUCGUUCAACUUUCCUUUCUUUAAGACUCUUGAAUAUGUGAAGGAUGUGUGAAUGAGAGACAUUUCGGACAAGGCUGUUUCUCAUUAAAAACAGAGGAAUGUAUGUAUAUUUUUACAGAUCACAUCAAAGAUGUGAAUCUUUGAAACGGUAGCAAAACAGGAGAGAUGAACACUCACACAAA